AUUUCAGGUCACUCCAGAUGUUCUGAUCUCACAUGAUAAUACAUUGGAGUUUUCAUGCACUGUGAAAAAUAUCAGAAGUGAUUCAAUUUACCUGACAUCAGCUAAAUUGCUUCACUGUUUUCCUAUGUUUUCAUUGUAUGAUCCAAACAACAAUACCGAAGAUAACAAAAUCAUCGAGCUUCAAGCAGGAUCCGAUUACAAAGUUUUUGUAAGAUUCUCAAGCGGUGAAAAUGCCAUUGUUGGUGGAUUCAGGAUACCAGUCAUUUUUUCAUUUCAAAGUGUUGGUGAGAACCCGGAUACGUUCACUAUAGCGAGGUCAAUUGUUAUAUUUGUAGCAGAAGAUCAUACUGAUUACAAAGUGCAUGAGGCGAGUCCUUUCAAAGGAAAUGAAUGGCCUAAAAAAAUAAACGUAUAUCCACCUUUAAAACAGGGCAAUAUUUCAAACAGAUAUCCUAUACCAUAUGACAUCGUAAAAUUCCUGAGAUUUGGUCUCCAAGAUCCUCCAGUAAUGAAUGGAGAUGAUCAUCAAAUUUUAUUUAAUUUGAGAAAAGAAGUAGAACCGGGUCAUAUUACACUAAAAAAUUAUGGAAAAUUUUGGCAUAUUGUUUUAUGGUUGGAAGAAAUGGGACAGACUCUAGGACUGCAAAGAUACAAUAUGGAAAAUGUAACGUUGAAUCUACGUGGAAGAAAUUUGGAACUGUUUGUUCCUGGUUUAGCUGAAAAACGCCCUUCAAUAAUUGUUGGAGAUAUGCUUGAUAUAAGAAUACAUGAAGAUCACACAGCAUAUAGGGGCAACAUUAAACGUGUCAAUGAUAGAUCAGUUGAUAUUGGUGAUAUCGACGAAGAGCUUCUGGAUAUUAUUGAACAAAACCCAAAAAUUGAGAUGGACGUACGGUUUUUAUUGGGACGUUUAUGCUUCGAAAGAAUGCAUGAAGCCGUUGAUAAAAUUGUAAGCAAGGGAAUAGUUCAAACCAUAUUUCCAGAAGUGUCUUUGAGGAGCAGACAAGUUCCUCAACCACGUACCAUAAGAGAUGGAGAAUUCUACAAUCAGAUGAUUGUAACAAAUCCUGAACAAAAAACGGCUGUUUUAAAAAUUUUGAAUGCCUCGUCUUUGCCAGCUCCUUAUAUAGUAUUUGGUCCCCCCGGAACUGGUAAAACUGUAACAAUUGUAGAGGCCAUUUUGCAACUGAAGAAUAAAACAAACAGUCAAAUUUUAGUUUGUGCCCCUGCAAAUGCUGCUUGUAAUAUGCUAACAUCAAAACUAUUGAUGCACUGUAAUAAGAAUGAGCUAAUCAGAAUUAUGUCAAAUACUGUGGAUGUAUCAACUAUUCACCAAGAUGUACUGGAAUAUUCUAAUUACAUUGAAGAUGGAGAAUUCUAUAGAGUAGACGCAGCUAAAUUGAAGAACUACAGAAUUAUCAUAACUACUUUGAUUCAUAUUGGUCGUUAUUCUGGUAUGUUAAAACCCGAUAUUGUAUUCAUCGAUGAGGCCGCUCAGGCUUGUGAACCAGAAGUUGAUUGUGCUCUUGCUAUGAUCGAGAAGGGCAAGCAGAUUAUCUUGGCCGGAGAUCCGAGGCAAUUGGGACCUUCGACUUCGUCACUUGCUGCAAGACGAUAUGGUUUAGGCGUUUCUCUCUUGGAGAGAUUGAUGGAUUUAGAAUUGUAUAAAAGCCAGGAUUCCAAUUAUAUUACCAUGCUCCGUCAAAACUUCAGGUCACACUCAACCAUUUUGAAACUUCCUAAUGAACUUUUCUAUCAAGGUCAACUUCAGGCCGCCGCACCAAAUUCAGAAAAUGAUCCCAUAGCUAAAAUAUUUGUAUAUGAAAAAAUAGACGAAUUGAGAAAGGGCAAAAAUGUUACAAAACGAAGAAAAGGAAAAGCUGUGGAAUUCUGUAACAUUAUUUCCAAAGAGAGCAGACAGGGUAGAUCUCCGAGCUAUUUUAAUGGAAUGGAAAUGCAAAUGGUUCUGAACUAUGUGAAAGCCUUGAUAUCCCUUCAAUUUGAAAACAGUGAGGAUAAUGUACUUCAAGAACAAAUAGGCGUUGUUACACCAUACAUUAGACAGGUAUACAAAGUGAGGGAAAUUUUAAGAAACAACAAUUUUGAAGGAGUUGAAGUGGGUACUACAGAAACAUUCCAAGGGCGCGAGAAACGAAUUAUCAUCAUUAGCACAGUUAGAGCUCAACAAGAUCUGCUUUUGCAUGACAAACAAUACAAUCUGGGUUUUGUACGCAAUGAAAAGAGAUUCAACGUUGCUCUAACCCGUGCCAUGAGCAAGCUCAUAAUCAUAGGCUGCGGGCAUGUUUUGGCUACAGAUGCGAAGUGGUUGAGUUACAUGGAACUAUGCGAAAAUCUAAAUGGUUUUUGUGGUGCCCCCUUCGCGAGACGUACAAGAGAAGUAAUAGAGGAGAUUACCAGCAGAUUCAAUAAUGUAAAAAUGAUUGACAGCCAGUAUAAUCAUUGACAAUAUCUUUGCUGAAAAUUUUUCCUCGUGAGAUGCUGUGUGGAAUGUGAUUAAUUUUGAGGGUUGUGAAUAUAUAUACAAUCAACAUGAUAAAAUUAAUAAUUAGUUAGGGAUUAGUUAAACCUUAUUGUUUGAGGCAACAAAAAAAUUUGACAAUUUUAUAUUUUUGUUUACCACUGGUUUGAAUUUUUCCGAAAUGCAAAUUUUGUAUUUUUUUAAAAGCCUAGAAGUGACAGUCAUAAUUUAGAAGUUUUGAAAUGGAAGUCUUACCAAGGUUAUUGGUACAAAAGAAUCUAAUCAAAAAUGUUUUACUGUAUGGGGUUAAAUUGAAAGUAUUUUUACUUUUUCGUUUUUCCUUGUUUCAAAUUUAAAAUAGCCAACCAAAGAAAAUGAGUUAUUUUUCUUUCAUUAUUGUAAUUCGUUACCUCUCUAUUUUUGUCUCAAGUUGUGAUACUUUAUUAUUGUAUACUAUUAGCUAUUUACCAAAGAGAUAGGUGUAUUUUAAUAAGUGAGAUUUAUUACUGAAUUGCCAAACAAAUGAUUGCCAAAUGUAUACACCAUGGAAGGUCAGUUGAUGAUUCUUUGCAUCCGCAAAUAAUUUCGAGAAUUUAAAAUAAAUUUUGUAAAUUAAUUUAAACACACAUUUAUAAUGUGCAAUGCAGGCUCUAAAAAUUCAGUACUUAACUAAUUAUUAGUUACAUUUCUGUUUGUGAAUCAACACAUGCCAUUUAAUUGGUUUCAGUCUUCAUUGCUGAAGUUACUGUUUUUAAACACAAAAAACGAUAAAAUACAAAGAACACAAGUGAAAAAAUCUUAUGAAUUUUAACAUAUUUCAUAGUCUUCAAGCGUGUAUUGCACAUUCUUGUAGUUGAUGUCAUUUUUCUUGCUAGUCAUCACUAAUCACUUCAAAGAAUAUGAAAAAGCCGUCCACACAAGAGAUAUCUUUUGUCAAAGUAAUUUUCUGGGUUGAUGGCAGUGGUCUAACCAGUUUGCCUUACUUUUUAUUUACAACUGCAAAGACAUUUAUAGUCUAGUUCACAAGUUGAAAUUCAUGUUGAAUACAUAUAAAAUUCCUAAGAAUAUGAGUGAUAUCUCAUUUUAAUGAUUUUACAGCAAAAAAAUUGCAAUUGAUAUUAACAAAUUGAGAUGAAAAAUAUCUUGAACUAGCAAUACUUGAAGAAAUUAAUAUAAACGAUUAUGAAUGGAAGGAAAUUCAUAACUAAAAAGUUCUAACUUCUGAAACCCUACCUCCAUUAUGUAUAAUUUGGAUUUAAUGCCAAAAAUAAGGCUCUGCGCACCUGUUACAACAUGGACAAAUCACCGCUGAAGACACUAUAACCCAUGAAAUAUAGUAUGGAAUAUAAUUUUAAAAUUUGAAAAAAUUAGGAUGUUAUCUGAGCACUACAAAGAAUUGAGUCCUAUUGAAAAAAAAUAAUCUAGAUUUUUUUAAAGUCAAGCACAUGUUGGGAUAUUUUUGUUUACUUAAGUAGUUCAUGUCAUAAUUUUAUCCUGCUUAUUAUAAUUUUUCUAUUCUAUCUAUCUAAAAGGGCCACUGCUCAUACUGUUUGAAUGUUUCUCAUGGCAGUUCAUGACGGAGGCAAAUGACAAAAACCUUGCAGCAUUGAAAAUCCCAGCGGGGUUAUUCUGCUAAAGAGUUACAAAGGUGGUUACAACUGUAGUCACUGUAUCAUAACAGCAAGGAAUUCUGUUUUGUGAAUUCGGGUGAAGCAGACGUGUUUAGAAAGCAGUUGUUAUUAAUAUUGAAAUUGAAUACUGACCUCAUUGAUUUCUUACUACACUUGGGUGCUAGCUACUAAACACAUUUCGGAUCUGUCCAAUUCUUCGGAGCAUGAAGUGUGAAAUAUUUUCAAACCAAAACCCAUUGAACAUCUGCAUACUUAUUUCAACCUAUUUGUUUCAUUUUUAUUACUAAUAAAUAUCUUCGAUAAAAGUGCAUGCCUGAAAAUUGCCCAUCAAGUAGAGCUCAAAGAAAGCAGCAAUUUUUACAGAACAGUGUACAAAACGACAACAUGUGCUGUAAAAACGCUGUUUCUUACGAAACACGUAUUGAGAAUUUGUAAACUACUUUUCCAAAGUUCUGAGUUCCUCCUCCCGUCAAACGAGGGCUCUGUGUGCACGUUCGACUUGAUUCUCUGUGUUUUACACUGAAAAUUUCAAAUUUCGCAAAAUGACAAUAGUUGAAAGCUAAAUAAUGAAAAUAUCACAAUUGAAUUUUACUUGAAUAUGUUAUGGAUUUUCAUGAAUUAUCAGCCAUUUCUAUCACAAGUCUACAAAAUUAUCAGAAUAACUUCACAGGACUAGGGCUCUGCCUUCAAAUAUGUGCCAUUUUUAAUUAUAUGAUAUCUCUCUAAUUAAUCACUUGUUGGCAUUUUCAGAGGUUUAAUUUUAUAUUAUAGAUUUGUAACUUUACAUUCUUUAUUAUAUUUUGAUUUGGUACAUCUCAAAACUUUUCUUCCAGUUCAUUCUUUAGUUACCAAUUUUAUUGUUGUUGAUUGGUCAGGAAAUAUUUAAAUGUUAUUAUAUUAUAAAUAAGCCUCAAUUUCAUAAUUAGCGGGAUGUUAUAGUCAACUGACUACAUCUCUAACUGAUGUAUGAAAGUGUAAUAAAUAUAUCAGGGUGAAUAAUGAAAUAUUUACGGCAUGGGGUAGUUUAAUGCAGGUUAAUUCAAUACAUUUAAUUAAACUUUAUAGUUUUCGUCAAAUCACAAAACAUAUUUAUUAAACUUAAAACUGACUUGAUAAUAUUGAACUUGACUCACAGUCAAGUUCAAUAUUCACCUGAAAAUGUUUCUACAUGUUUCAGUUAAUUUCAGGCGUUUCAUGAUUGGCAACACUGAUAUUUGACCUAUGAAUUUAAGAAAUGUGAUUGUAGUGUAAUUAAUAAAGUAUUAAAUAAUAUUUUAGUAAUCUAGCAUUUAUAAGAGCACGUGAAGUUAAUAUUGUUCGGCCUAUGAUAUCUGAAACGUUACUUCACACUACAAUAAAAUAUGUGACAAUGCCAACCACUGAUGCGUUCUUUGUUUUUAGUUGAAGUUCUCAUAGUCAUAGAAUGAACAGUAUAAGCGCUAGAUAUAGAUGUCAUUUAACAAAAACACUAAACCAUUAAAUUGAAUGCAGUAAAAUUUAUUUUCAAUUGCAGUAAUUAAAUGUCUUCUCAAUAUUACAUGUUGAAUUUCAAAAUUGCCAAUCAUGAAUGGUCAAUUCUCUUGAAAAAUUACAUUUCACAUAAUGGCAAUUCUAACCUUUAUAACCAGUCAAAAUGAAAUCAUUGUAAAUUAUAUUUAGUUGUUACCUCAUACUUACUGUAUGAAUGUAUCCCAUGUGUGAAUGCUGACAACUUUCCCCCAGUUUCACUGGAUGGUUGCUCAGCAUUUAUUUUAUUUUGUUACAUCGCAGAAUUCAAAUAGCGAUGGCUUGGUACUUACUGUUCAAAAAAUUGAACAAGACUGAAAUGAUAGUUUAUAUUAUAUUAUAACUAUAGCUUAGUAAUUUAGUUUAGUUCAACGGAGCUUCUAGUUUUAUUUCAUGGAUAGUGCAUGUUGGAUAUGAGUAAACAGCAAAAUACAUUACUGAAGAGGUAAAUUAGUUAUUUUUCAACAUCUGGAAUAGUUGAUCUCAAAAGUCUGUUCAUGUAUUUGUUCUUUUAACAUCUGUUUUACAAAUUUUUCACUUUGGAGAAGAAAUUUUUUGUUUCAAAGUUUCAUUUCAGUAUUCAACUAAACAUUCCCAGAGUAUUUGUACAUACAGUUGUUGAACUUGUCUUUUAUCGUAAUGUUCAGUACUUUAGAGAAAUUGUUAUUUUUUAAAAUAGCAUACAUUCUCAAAGCUUUGAAUGUUAACACGAUUAGGACCUUGAAGUGUUUUCAAAGAUUUACUGAUAUAAAUGAAAACUUGCUAAUAUAAAUACAUAUUUUUAUAUUUUAUUGUGACAAAUAUAUUUUGAGAAUUUUAA